CUCAGUUCGAGUUUUCCACCCGCGUCGGUAAGACAAGUUCUCGGUGGCGCGCCGGAAUUGUGGUUCAAAUUACAUUUGUCUGUUCUUGUGUUGGUGCUUCAUUUUCUCACACCUCGGAGAUACAAAGGAUCCUGUGAGGCGGGAUUGGGUGCACUUGAGAACGCUGCUGUGCUGUUUACAAAUUACCAUCGAUUUUCCGCAUAGCGUAGAAUCUGUAUUUUCCCCUAGCACAAGUAAUUUGCAAUUGUGAUGGGCUCAAGUGAAUAAGGUGCAUUGAUUUAGUGCUCUCGUGGCGUUUACACCUGCGAAAGGAAGUUGAAUGAACUAUGGCUGAGCCAUUAUCUCCAUCCCAGUCGUCGUUUAAGCAAAAUUUCGAUCUCGUGACCCCGGAGUUUGAGGAAGAUCCCAAAGUGCUGUGGGGCGUUCCCGUUCCACCGUUUGUCUCCGACAAAGUGGUCUCGUGGGUAGAGGAAAACUUUCCCAGUCCACCACCGCAGUUUAUUGAAUUUCAAGGACUAAAUGUGUUACGAAAGAUCGAAAAUGUGCGAAUGAUAGACAGAUACAACAGCAAAAAUCCAACGGUGGGGGUGUUGUACCUCACGGCAACACAUCUUAUUUUCGUCGACCCGGAUGUCAACAAGGAAACAUGGGUUUUGUACAUGCACAUUGCCAGUGUGGAGAAGCUUCCGCUGAGCACAACUGGCUCUCCACUGCUCAUACGCUGCAAGACGUUUUUGUCUAUCACGUUUGUCAUUCCCAAAGAACGUGAGUGCCAUGAUGUGUAUACAACACUGAUGAAACUAUACCAGCCGGUAAACAUCAAGAAUCUCUACUGCUUCCAAUAUACGUCCCACGCCAAAGAGUUGCCAAAGACGGUCGGGUGGGAUUAUUUCAAACUGGAGAACGAAUUCAAACGUAUGCGGACCCCCAACGACCACUGGAGCCUUUGUACGCUGAACCAAAACUACGAACUGUGCGACACCUACCCCCAGCAGCUGUACGUGCCUUCUGAGGCGAGCACCGCAAUGCUGCUUGGUAGUUCUCGCUUCCGGUCUAAGGGGCGCCUUCCGGCGUUGACCUAUUUACACUCAAACAGGGCAUCGAUUUGUCGCUGCAGCCAACCGCUAUCCGGGUUUAGCGCCCGCUGCUUGGAGGACGAACAAAUGUUGGAAGCGAUAAGAAAGACCAAUCCCAACUGUGGAUUCAUGUACGUCGUGGACACUAGACCAAGGAUUAAUGCGAUGGCAAACCGUGCGGCCGGAAAGGGAUAUGAGAAUGAGGCAAACUACGAGAAUAUCAAAUUCCAGUUCCUCGGCAUCGAAAACAUUCACAUAAUGCGAACAAGCUUGCAGAAAGUCAUCGAAUGUUGCGAACAGAAAUCACCCACCAUGAAUAGUUUUCUGAGCGCACUUGAGUCUUCCGGUUGGCUUAAGCAUAUACGGUCAAUAUUGGAUACAUCUAGCUUUAUUGCGAAUGCCGUCGACAAGGGAAUUUCCGUUGUUGUACAUUGCUCCGACGGGUGGGACCGUACCGCACAAGUUUGCUCGUUGGCAGCGCUCAUGUUGGAUCCGUAUUAUCGCACUAUCAAAGGAUUUCAAGCACUUAUCGAAAAAGACUGGCUAGCAUUUGGACACAAGUUUAGCGACCGUUGUGGACAUAUCCAAAACGACCCUAAGGAGGUUUCCCCUGUUUUUACCCAACUGUUGGACUGCACCUGGCAAUUGAUGCAACAGCGCAACGAUGCGUUCGAGUUUAACGAGCGCUUUUUGCUCAUUCUGCACGAUCACGUUAUGUCCUGUCAAUUUGGAACGUUUGUCGGUAACUGCGAAAAGGAUCGCCUGGAUCUACGGUUGUCGGAGAAGACGUUCUCUCUGUGGGGCUACAUGUCCAAUCAUUUGAAUGAAUACAUCAACCCACUGUACCGACCGGAAAUGGACGAAACCAUACGGCCAAAUUUAGCGCCCCAGUGUAUAAAGUUCUGGCGGGGAAUGUACAGUCGGUUCGAGAGUGGAAUUCACCCGCGGGAACCCUUGGAGGAUAUGUUGAUUGCCAGCAAGGACCAUUCAACGUCUCUGGAUGACCAUGUGCAGUUACUAACUAGGCGCAUUAACAGCUUUAAAAACAUGAUUUCAAAAUCGGCAAAACGAUUACAGGGCAGUAAGUACGUAGACAACCGUACCAUUGAGGUAAAUGAUAAUCGCUACAAUUACGAUAAGAGACUGAGCGAGUUGUCCUCCGCCGAUGACGAUCAUCCACUCAAGACUUCCAACUUUUCCUUCUCCAAUCUCUCGUCGACCGAGUGCAACGAGAACAUCGUAGACGCAAACAAGGUUACAGAGGAAAUGGACUCCGUUGCCAUCGAGUGGAAGCCUCUCAGGAGCGUAUCCAACUGUCCCUCCUGCUCGGUGCCAUUCGACCAGAUCACCAGAAAGCAGAACCACUGUUGGAGGUGCGGCGGAGUGUACUGCAGUCGCUGCAUUGACAAAUCACUCGCACUGGCUGGCCAUGAUAGUGGCAACGUGGUUCCGGUUUGUAAGAACUGCUAUCGCGUCGCGACUCAGGUUAGUCCUACUUAAGCGUUUCCAAUUUGCGACCCCCCACUGUACCUUAUUCCCAUGUUGUAGCUUAUCUUCAGUUUUUGUCAAUGUUUUGUAAAUGAAUAAGCAUAUAUAUAUAUUAAUGUAGGAUUGGAAUUAUGAAGAGAGUCUGUUAUAUUUAUUUCUUUUUUUUUUUUGAGUUACACAACAAAAAUACAUAAAAAUAGCAAAGAAAAUGUGAUGCAUCAGAAAAAAAUUAAGAUUAACUAGAUUAACAAUCUUACAAUUCAUCUUUCUCCACUAUUUAUUUUACUAUAUAAGAAAGUAUAAAACAUGUAGGUGCCGUAAAACGAAGUAUUAUUGAUAACAUUGAUCGGCUUGACCGAUUUUUAUUUGAAUCAGCUUCUGCCCACGAAUGGUAUUUCGUAAUUUGCUAUUAUCUGUUAAAUGACAUGGAAAUCAAGAAAAUUGUAUUUCAUAAACAUUAAAAUAAAUCGAUUUUUCUUCAACUGUGUUUCGUAACGCAAUGA